AUGCCAUUCGCAAACCUCUGGAUCGGACCACCGGAUCCCAAUUACCUGGCCACGGCCUGCCUGACAGGCUGUCAAUGCGCAGACAUCGAGCCCGACACCCCGGGAAUGGCGGUACCACCGCGUCCGGGCCAGCAAAAUGCAGUACCAAUUGCGCAAGUAAUCGAUAUGGACCAAGCUGCGCCGUUGGCGGAGAGGAUUCAUAGCUGCUCGGACUGGUAUGGGAGCCCGCAGUGGGGGCAUUGUGCGAAUGUGAUGGGGAUAAUGGAUCAGGAGUUUGCGGCCGCGGGGGUGGAUGUGGUUCAGAGCCGGCAAUUUGUUGGAGAGGCUGUACAAAGUCCAUCCAAUGGGGCGACGAUUUUGCCAAAGACGUACUCGUUUGAGAGCUGCUUCGUGACGUUCUACUUCGAUAGUCCGCAGCAGUCUGCAAAUCAGCCUUGGGAAAGGCUGCAGGUCGAUUUUCUCGACAUUGUCGAUGAUUGCGUGCGGACACAGGGGAAAGGGGGAUUAGCCCCGGCUUCGCCAGGCCAUCCCAUAAACGUCGUCGUCUACGGCGCGGUAUCCAAUGAGAAAAGAUUCCGCGACCAGAACACCUACUCAAAGAUCGACACCGGCGGCAACGCCAUUUGCGGCACUCUCAACUCGACUACAUCGUCCACAGACAGUGUGCAGAACUCGUAUUCAUCAGAUGGACAGACCAGCGUGGGCAGUAAUUGCUAUACCCAGAAAGACUGCCAGAGCCAAGUAGAUUCCGUCUGUGCAUACAACGGCGACGUGGACAUGCCGAUCGAUAGCUCGUGGGGGAAAUUCACUUGCACGAAUGUGGCGCACGCGGGCUUUGCUGUAGCAGCGGCGCUCUCAUGGAGUAAUUGCUACACGGGACGGUGUCUCUUGGAAGCCGAUGGUACGUUGUUUAUUUCGCAGGCGACGGGCAAUGCGACGGAGGUGGCAGUGAAUGGCACGUCUCCGACAUUGGAUCGCUACCUGGAGCUCCAUCAGGACUCGCAGAUCUGGAAGACGGUGAAUGAGUCGAUAAGUGCAUCUGGCAAUGCAACCGGAUCGAAUGGUGCAAACAGUGCUGGGAGUACGUCGCAGAACGCGAGCAUUCCAGCGCCUUUGAGUGCUGAUCCGUUCCUCUGUGCAUGUAAUUGUACUUAUUUCUCGAGAUCUUGCUGUCUUGCGCCCAUUGUCUUCGAAGAUGCCUCGCCGCAGGGCAAGAAUAGCAGUUUUAAUCAGAUUCUCAAAGGACCGGAGGGGCAAUGCUGCGAUCGUGACACGGGGCUUUUACAGGAUCUUUCUUCUUCGAAGUACGAGAACACAGCGGAUAAGGAUGGUGCUUGCAUAGAGUCUGCUUGA